CAGUAUGACAUGCCAGAUGAGUGCCGUCGAUCUUAGAAUCACCGCACACUUCACUCAUUUGGGCAGUCACGGGGCCAAAACCAGAGUGUGGGAGCCGACAGUGUGGCGGUGGAGGCAGCAGCAAUGGGAGGCCAUACAGCACCCUAUGACAAAAAUGGAAACCACCAGCAGUGUGAGGAGAACUGAAAGUGGCACAUGGCAGAGUGUGGCGAUAGAGACAGCAGCAAUGGGAGGCCGGUACAGGGACCCAAGACACACUCUGGACCUGGCAGCAGCAUGAGGAUGCGGUACAGGGCCCAUGGCAAGAUUACGGGCCUGGCAGCAGCUAGGGGAGGCCCCCAAAACUGCCAGCCCCUAUGUCAAAAAUGGAACCCACC